UAUAUAUAUAUACACUUAUCCCCCAGCUAUAGCGGGUUUUGCUAACGCGGUUUAAAGCUAUCACGGGAACAAUAAAAAACACAUUAAAUGGGCUAACGCGAAUCCUAGUGGAGCUAUCGCGGCCCAUGAGUCGUUAUAUGUCCAGGAUGUUCACGUGACAGCUACGUCAUAUUUCUUGGCCAGAUUCGCUUGCUAAUUGGCUGAAUUUGACUGACAUAUUAGGCCGUGAUUGGCUUGCACACUCCCGCUUCCUUAUCCAGCCACUCUCCCGCUCCCCCAUCCCUCUAGUCCCUCCCGCCACAGUUGACUAAGUGCCACGUGCCGUGGUGAAUCUCAAGGUCACGCGUGUGUAUCUCGGGACAAUGGCCUCUACUCCCCCUCCUGGCCACCCAGGGAGAUCGCUACCACCCAACCCGACCCAGCGAAAGGCAACAGCGGCGCCUGGGAAAGAAAUCAAGAAGAGGAAGAACCUUACAUAUGCUGUGAAAUAUGAGAUAGUGAAAUUGAUCGAGAGUGGACAAAGUAAAAGUUCAGUGGGCGCUAAGUUCGGCAUCAACGAGUCUACAGUGAGAGAUGAGAAAAUAGAAGUGAGGCUGUAUCACUGGAAGUCCUUUGCACAAUGUGGAGAAAGUAUCUGAAUUUUUUAUUUUCAGCAGUACAUUGAAUACUCCUCAUGAUGGUGACCCAUUUAAGCUGGAUGUGUGGGAUCUUGCUGCUUGUAGCAACCAUCCUAGCCAUGCCUGAGGAGCCUGCAGAUGAUGGAGGAUGGGUGACAAAUCCAGAGGACAGAGUGGCCCAGCCAGGACCUUGUAACAUUGCUCAAGAAGACCGCUUUCUGACACAAGACAAAUUUGUUUUAAGGUAUGCUUACACUGAGCCAGUAGUAAUUAGAGGAGCAUCAGACAAUAAGUUGUUCCAGACACUGACCAGGAGAGCAACAUUGCUUGAUGGUUUUGGGUACAUGACAGUUCGCCUCAGCUCAGCCAACAGCUACAGCUACCUGAAGCAAGACACCACUCUCCAACACUACUGUAACAACCAACUCCACCCUCAGAGUCUCAGCACCCUUGGCAAUGAAACAUUUUACUUCUUUGGCGACAACUCCCGAGAUGAGUGGGAGAAUCUUCUUGAGAUGUACAACAAACCUCCUUUCACCUUACAUGGUCAUUUUCCAGCACUGAGUUUUGGAAUUGCUGGACCAGGUUCUGGUGUUCCUUUUCACUUCCAUGGUCCUGGAUUUGCUGAAACACUCUGGGGACGAAAGCGGUGGUUCAUGUACCCCCCUGAGAUCAAACCAAAUUUUCACCCAAACCGAACAACCCUGCAGUGGCUAAUGGAAGACUAUCCAAAACUUAAGGAUGACCUGAACCUUUCUGAGUGCACUCUGGCUCCAGGGGAGAUCAUCUAUUUCCCUGACAAAUGGUGGCAUGCAACCCUCAACAUUGAUAGCAGUGUGUUUAUAUCCACAUUCUUGAGUCCAUGAUUGAUGGACAUGGGAACUCUAAUUGCAGUGCAGAGAUUAGAUGGUGUUAUUGUGAUAUUUUACAUAAGUUUGUGAUAAUAAGUGUGUACUGGGCACAGUGCAUGAAACCUAAAGUGUGGAAAUUAACUAGCAUUAUUGUUAUUUUUUUUUAUAGUAUAGGGUGUGAGUACUUAGAUCUUAGCUAGAAUGCAGGAGUAUUCUGGCUAUCUUGGCUGUCACAUGUAUGCAUAUAUGAGGCGCCCAGAGGCAGUGACGUAAGCGACCUUGUGGCCGAAAUUAUUAUCUUUAUUGCAUGAUCUUCCACAACUUUCCUACCAUAACAAGAGAGAACACAGAUGUCAGAAUGGAUCCCACAAUAUGGUAAAAAAAUCCAUCGAAGUGAAAUUAUCCACAGAACCUUCUUGCCACACUUGAGUGAUAGCUGUCAGUUGCUGGGGCCAGAGAGAAGUAACUCCCUCACCACAGCAGUGCGGAAAGAACCAGCCAAUUAUGGCUUGUGAUGCAAGUCACGUGUCACACUGGGACACACUCUCCCUCCCUCCAGCCUGCUUUAUACCUUUAAAUGACUGGCUGCUGUCAUAAUUUUGCUUUUGCACAACACAUAAGCCUUUCAUUAUUAUUGUGGACAACUGCAUAUCCCCUGAGGAGCCAGAGGAAGAAAAAUGGAAGAAAAAUAUCGCUAAAAGACAAAGAAGCAUGGGGGAAGCCAAUGUGAGUUUUGGAAGCAUCGGAUGAUUUUAGUAUUUCUUUACAUUAUAUUAUCCUUUAUACUGAUAUAUUUUCAUAACAUUUAUUACCAUAUUUGCCUGUGUAGUAGACACACCUGCAUAAGAUGCACCCCUAUUUUACAAGGAUGUUUUGUGGGAAAAAAUUUUGUUGUUUCAUCAAGAAGUUAUGGAAAAAAUUUAGUGUGUGUGUGUGUGUGAAAGAGGGCCACUAGCCAAGGGCAACAAAAGUUUUUAAUAAAAAGAAAGGCCCACUUAAUGCCAGUUCUCAUAGAGAUAUCAGAUAGAAUAAUAAAAAAACAGAGGAUACCUCCCUCUUGAAAAGUUCAAGUCAUAGAAAGGAGGAAAUACAGAAGCAGGCAGGGAGUUCUAAACUUUACCAGAGAAAGGGAUAAAUGACUAGGAAUACUGGUUAACUCUUGCAUUAGAGAAGUGGAUAGAAAAGGGAUGAGAGAAAGAAGAAAGUCUUAUGCAGCCAGGCCACAGGAGGAGGGGAGGGUUGCAGCUAGCAGUAUCAGAGGAGCAGUUAGCAUGAAAACAGUGGUAGAAGAUAGCAAGAGAUGCAACAUUACUGUGAUGAGAGAGUUAGUCAAUAAGUUAGAGGAGAGGAGCUGAUAAGAUGAAAAGCUUUUGAUUCCACCCUCUUUAAAAUAGUGGUGUGAGUGGAAUCCCCCAUGCGUGUGAAGGGGGGGAGAAACUGGCAGAGAUGACACAGCUGCUUUAGAUGGAGAUAAGAUGUGAAGUUUCUAGUUUAGAUUAUAAGUAAAGUACAGACCAAGGAUGUUCAGUGUAAAAGAGGACAGUUGAAUGUCUUUGAAGAAGGGAGGAUAGUUGUCUAGCCCUUAAACUGCCAAUUCAUAUUUACUGAAAUCUUGUACAGAGCUGCUAAUUUAACCAAUGCCUUAUAAAGGGAAAAUCUAUGUCCAAUAGUAUGCCAUGGAUGUCAAAAAUUCUAAUUUGAAGAAUUACGUAAGUUUCAAAGUGGUAUAUAGAAUAAUUAGAGCAAAGAAUGACCCUAAAAGUUUCCCGCCUUUUCAAAAAUGCGGGAAUAAUGUGACACGUCGUGUGGAGCGACUGGCACGUGGGAUCCUUACACUAGUCCCGUUUUCUUCUCUCUCUCUCUCUCUCUCUCUCUCUCUCUCUCUCUCUCUCUCUCUCUCUCUCUCUCUCUCUCUCUCUCUCUCUCUCUCUCUCUCUCUCUCUCUCUCUCUCAGGCAAUAAACUAUAAUGAUAUAACAUAAUUUAGUCUCCCCUGUUAUGUUUUCUAUGAUAUUCAGGGUGUAUCUCUCUCUCUCUCUCUCUCUCUCUCUCUCUCUCUCUCUCUCUCUCUCUCUCUCUCUCUCUCUCUCUCUCUCUCUCUCUCUCUCUCUCUCUCUCUCUCUCUCUCUCUCUCUCUCUCUCUCUCUCAGGUAAUAAACUAAAAAGAUAUAACAAUUUAGUCUCCCCUGUUACCUUUUCUAUGAUAUUCAGGGUGUAUUUCUACCCGGUGGAUCAGGAUAGGCUGCCAGAUAUCUCCCACUUUUUCACAAAACCUAAUGUGAGAGCGUUGUCAUACAAUGUCAUGGCUUCGUGAUGUAGUCACUAAGUUGCCAGUAGUCCCCAGAACAGUAGUGAACCAAGGAACACCGCGAAAAUUCAAAACGGUAGCCAAGAAAAUUCGUGAUUACAUGAGCGAUCACGGCGUCAUGGGACGGGUGAUGCUUAAUUACAUAAGCAAUCGCGGCUGUGUAAGGGCUAGAAGGUUGUAUCGAGUUGAUAGUAGAGGAAUUGAGUUUUUGGGGCAUUGAACAAUACUAAGUUUGCUCAGUGCCAGUCAGAAGCCAGAUGUUCUGUGGUUUCCCUGCAUGAGCUAUUUACUUCCUGAGGGGUUGGACCUUCACAAAAAGACAUGUAAUUUUUUUUUUUUUUUUUAUGUAGAAAGGACACUGACCAAGGGCAACAAAAAUCCAAUGAAAAAAUAUGCCCACUGAAAUGCCACUGCUUUGCGCAGUGGCAGUAUCGUAACCAAUGAGGUUUAACCGAGGUGCGAUUAUUGCUAGUUGAAAACUUUUCCCAAUACCCCGCCCAGACGACUUGAAAUAUAGUCGGCUAUGGCAAUUUUUGUUAGCUCAGUUAUGAGUUACUAACAGGGGUCAAAAAUUGAUGAAUAAGUGUCUUGAAAACUCCCUUUUGAAGGAAUUCAAGUCAUAGGAAGGUGGAAAUACAGAAGCAAGCAGGGAGUUCCAGAGUUUACCAGAGAAAGGGAUGAAUGAUUGAGAAUACUGGCUAACUCUUGCGUUAGAGAGGUGGACAGAAUAGGGGUGAGAGAAAGAAGAAAGUCUUGUGCAGCGGGGCCACUGGAGGAGGGGAGGCAUGCAGUUAGCAAGAUCAGAAGAGCAGUUAGCAUGAAAAUAGCAGUAGAAGACAGCUAGAUAUGCAACAUUGCAGCAGUGAGAGAGAGGCUGAAGACAGUCAGUUAGAGGAGAGGAGUUGAUGAGAUGAAAACCUUUUGAUUCCAACCUGUCUAGAAGAGCAGUAUGAGUGGAAUCCCCCCUAGACAUGUGAAGCGUACUCCAUACAUGGAUGGAUAAGGCCCUUGUACAGAGUUAGCAGCUGGGGGGGUGAGAAAAACCGGCAGAGACGUCUCAGAACACCUAACUUCAUAGAAGCUGUUUUAGCUAGAGAUGAGAUGUGAAGUUUCCAGUUCAGAUUAUAAGUAAAGGACAGACCGAGGAUAUUCAGUGUAGAAGAGGGGGACAGUUGAGUGUCAUUGAAGAAGAGGGGAUAGUUGUCUGGAGAGACAAUGUCUAUGAAGAGAUGUGGAAAAGUGCAGGGUGGUAUCAUCAGCGUAGGAGUGGAUAGGACAAGAAGUUUGGCUUAGAAGAUCAUUAAUGAAUAAUAAGAAGAGAGUGGGUGACAGGACAGAACCCUGAGGAACACCACUGUUAAUAGAUUAAGGAGAAGAACAGUGACUGUCUACCACAGCAGCAAUAGAACAGUCAGAAAGGAAACUUGAGAUGAAGUUACAGAGAGAAGGAGAGAAGCUGUAGGGGGGUAGUUUGGAAAUCAAGGCUUUGUGCCAGACUCUUUUAAAUGCUUUUGAUAUGUCCAAGGCAACAGCAAAAGUUUCACCAAAAUCUAAAAGAGGAUGACCAAGACUCAGUAAGGAAAGCCAGAAGAUCACCAGUAGAGCGGCCUUGACGAAACCCAUACUGGCAAUCAGAUAGAAGAUUGUGAAGUGAUAGAUGUUUAAGAAUCUUCCUGUUGAGGAUAGAUUCAAAAACUUUAGAUAGGCACGAAAUUAAAGCAAUAGGAUGGUAUUUUGAGGGAUUAGAACAGUCAUCCUAUUUAGGAACAGGUUGAAUGUAGGCAAACUUCCAGCAAGAAGGAAAGGUAGAUGUUGACAGACAGAGCUGAAAGAGUUUGACUAGACAAGGUGCAAGCACAGAGGCACAGUUAUGGAGAACAAUAGGAGGGAUCCCAUCAGGUCCAUAAGCCUUCCGAGGGUUUAGGCCAGCGAGGGCAUGGAAAACAUCAUUGCGAAGAAUUUUAAUAGGUAGCAUGAAGUAGUCAGAGGGUGGAGGAGAGGGAGGAACAAGCCCAAAAUCAUCCAAGGUAGAGUUUUUAGCAAAGGUUUGAGUGAAGAAUUCAGCUUUAGAAAUAGAUGUGAUAGCAGUGGUGCCAUCUGGUUGAAAUAGAGGGAAAGAAGAAGAAGCAAUGUUAUUGGAGAUAUUUUUGGUUAGGUGCCAGAAGUCACAAGGGGAGUUAGAUCUUGAAAGGUUUUGACAUUUUCUGUUAAUGAAGGAGUUUUUGGCUAAUUGGAGAACAGACUUGGCAUGAUUCCGGGCAGAAAUAUAAAGUACAUGAGAUUCUGGUGAUAGAAGGCUUAAUUACCUUUUGUGGGCCACCUCUCUAUCAUGUAUAGCACGAGAACAAGCUGUGUUAAACCAAGGUUUAGAAGGUUUAGGACGAGAAAAAGACUGAGGAAUGUAUACAUCCAUGCCAGACACUAUCACAUCUGUUAUGCGCUCAGCACACAAAGACGGGUCUCUGGCACGGAAGCAGUAAUCAUUCCAAGGAAAAUCAGCAAAAUACCUCCUCAGGUCCCCCCAACUAGCAGAGGCAAAACACCAGAGGCACCUUCGCUUAGGGGGAUCCUGAGGAGGGACUGGAGCGAUAGGACAAAAUAAAGAUAUGAGAUUGUGAUCGGAGGAACCCAACAGAGAAGAAAGGGUGAUAGCAUAAGUAGAAGGAUUAGAGGUCAGGAAAAGGUCAAGAAUGUUGGGCAUAUCUCCAAGACGGUCAGGAAUAUGAGUAGGGUGUUGUACCAAUUGCUCUAGGUCAUGGAGGAUAGCAAAGUUCUAGACUAGUUCACCAGGAUGGUCAGUGAAGGGAGAGGAAAGCCAAAGCUGGUGGUGAACAUGGAAGUCUCCAAGAAUGGAGAUCUCUGCAAAAGGGAAGAGGGUCAGAAUGUGCUUCACUUUGGAAGUUAAGUUGUCAAAGAAUUUCUUAUAGUCAGAGGAGUUAGGUGAGAGGUAUACAGCACAGAUGAAUUUAGUAUGAGAGUGACUCUGUAGUCGUAGCCAGAUGGUGGAAAACUCGGAAGAUUCAAGAGCGUGGGCACGAGAGCAGGUUAAGUCAUUGCGCACAUAAACGCAGCAUCCAGCUUUAGAUCGAAAAUGAGGAUAGAGAAAGUAGGAGGGAACAGAAAAGGGGCUACUGUCAGUUGCCUCAGACACCUGAGUUUCAGUGAGGAAAAGAAGAUGAGGUUUAGAAGAGGAGAGGUGGUGUUCUACAGAUUGAAAAUUAGAUCUUAGACCGCGAAUGUUGCAGAAUUUAAUGAAGAAAAAGUUUGGGGGGUGUCAAGACACUUAGGGUCAUCAACAGAAAGGUAGUCCGACCUGGGAACAUUUAUGGUCCCCUCCCCAGAUGGGGACUCUGAGUCUGGUGUAGGAGUUGCCAUGAUGAUUUAAAAUUUUUUUUAAGUGAAGGGUGUGUGUAAGGUGUGUGUAAGGUAGUAUCAUCAGCAUAGGAGUGGAUAGGACAAGAAGUUUGGUUUAGAUCAUCAAUAAUUAAUAGGAAGAGAGUGGAUGCCAAAAUCCCUAAAAGAGUGUGUGUUUCAUCCUCACAUCUGGUGUGAUGCAGUGCUGUAACUGCAGUACUAUCAUGUCUAAAACCAUGUGUGUGUGUGUUUUGCUCUCUCUCUCUCUCUCUCUCUCUCUCUCUCUCUCUCUCUCUCUCUCUCUCUCUCUCUCUCUCUCUCUCUCUCUCUCUCUCUCUCUCUCUCUCUCUCUCUCUCUCUCUCUCUCUCUCUCUCUCUCUCUCUCUCUCUGUUCAUGAAGUAAACUAUCAACCUCAAAACAACAACAACAACAACAACAAUAAUAAUAAUAAUAACAACAACAACUUCCAAUUACUAUUAAAAAUCUACCUUCAUAUUUCAUUUUUUUCCCUCUCUCUCUCUCUCUCUCUCUCUCUCUCUCUCUCUCUCUCUCUCUCUCUCUCUCUCUCUCUCUCUCUC